AUGGAAAACUCUCCCGUGGAGACUAAUAGUGAUUUAUGUCCAGCCGGUGACCCAACCACGGUGGAGGAAGGAGUUGAGCAUGAGUCGAAGGAGGAUUCUGUUGAUUGGUGUUCUCAACCUGGUGAUGAAAAGUCAAAAGAAGGGUCGUUGAUGGAUGGGGAAACUCAUGCUACUAGUCCAAUGUAUCUGGAGUCCCAUUGGGCUGCAAAGGAAGAGAUGUCAAACGUGGACAGGGUAUGUGCAAACGUGGAGUGGAUAGCUGGAUUCCCAAAUUCAAUAGUUUGUAUAGCAAACAAUGAAGGUGUGUGCCCAAUUUUGGAGGCGGGAAAUUGUGGUAUGAUGGAUGGGGUGAAAGAUUCUGUUGAUUGGUGUUCUCAAGCUGGAGAUGGAAAGUCAAAAGAAGGGUCGUUGAUGGAUGGGGAAACUCAUGCUACUAGUCCAAUGUAUCUGGAGUCCCAUUGAGCUGCAAAGGAAGUCUAAUCCGUCAGUUCAACCCAACAGGCUUUUAGAAAUAGGGGAUAAGGGGAA